AGGAGGUAGCCUGCUGCUGUGUUGGUGGGAUGGGAAAAGUGAUGCUAGAUGACUGUCCAGCGUGUCCCCACUUGGAUUUGCAACGGUCGGCUGCUGUCCGGUUGUUGUCACAUUUGACAGUGUUCUCAUGGUCUCCGCUGAGGCCAGUAUAGUGUUAAGUAAUGCAGCUGCUUCUGUGAGGCUGCUUGCAGGCUGUUGAGCAGACAUCACCGUGGCUAACUGUUGUUAGCCUGUAUUUUGAAAUCCGCUCCGUUUUUUUCAUCACCUUCCGGUUUCACUGAAAUGCCUUCCGGUUUCACUGAUAUGCCUUCCUGUUUCACUGAAUUGAUUUUCAGUUGUAUGUGUGAGUGGUAAAAGACUUUGGUUUCACAUGUGUCUGUGAGAGGAUAAUUCUGAAAAAAGUCCCGUACGGCACCUCAUACAUUUGCGUGUGUUUUGUUCAAUACAGCGUUUGUGUCUUGCAUGUGUUGUAUCCGUGUCGGCCACCGUACUUUAUGCACUGCAGCUUACACCUUACAAACACUUGUUUUGUUGUUCUUAUGCAUUUUCGCCACAGCUUUUCUAGUGAAAGUGGCACAGCGUUUCUACAACAUGGCAGAGGUGCUCAAAAUGCUUGAGCAGGAUGAGCAAAGUGCUGUCUGUGUUACGGAUUCUUCGUCGGACGACGAAGACCUUGUGUUUGCAGAUAAUAACACAGACUCCGAUGCGGAUUACCGUCUUCCUUCAUCCGAAAGUGAAGAUAGUGAACCUGGACCUUCCAGGACCAGGCAGCCAGAAGGGAGGAAAAGAGGAAGAAAAUCUACUGCUGCACAAUGCAGUGAAGCUGGACCUGCCGGUGAGGAGGACAGGUGGCAUAACAGAGAGGAAGAGGAUGUCCAGCCUGUCCCUUAUCGGUUCAUUCCAACUAGAAAACCCGGCCCAGCAUUUGACACCACCCAGUCUUGGUCCCCACUUGGCCUUUUUCAACUGUUUUUUUCUGCUGCAGUUGUCAGAAAAAUUGUUCAAAACACAAACGCCAAUGCAGCCAGAAGACAAGCUGCUGGGGUGGUUUUCAAGUGGACCAUCCUGACAGUGAAGGACUUCUAUACAUUUUUGGCCAUUGUUAUUUUCACUGGCCUUGUGACAGUCCAUCACAGGUCAGAUUACUGGAGGAAACAAUGGCCAUAUAACUUCUCCUUCCCCAGGGAAAAGAUGUCACGGGACCGGUUUGAGGCAAUUCUCUGGUCUCUUCAUCUCAGCAGCCCAGCAGAAGAUGAAGAAAAUGAGAAGAAGAGGAACUCACCGGCCUAUGACAGACUUUUCAAAAUCAAGCCUUUGUACACUGAGAUGGUGGAUGCCUGCAAAGCGUACUUCCAGCCCUACCAGCAUGUGUCAAUUGAUGAGCGGAUGGUCGCCUCCAAAGCGUGCAUCAGCAUGAAGCACUACAUAAAGGAUAAACCAACAAAGUGGGGAUACAAACUUUAUGUACUUGCUGAUUCAACAACAGGCUACACAUGGAACUUUUUUGUAGACACAGGAAAAAGCAAGUCAGUCUCAGGCCAUGGUCUCGGUUACUCUGCCGUGAUGGACCUCCUCCCUUUUUCUUUUAUGGGUAGUGGAUAUCAUUUGUACACAGACAAUUUUUACACCAGUCCAGCUCUCUUUUCUGACUUGGCCAAGAAGAACAUUGGCUGUUGUGGCACAAUCAGAAAAUAUUGCAUUGGCUUCCCAAAGACCGAGACCAAUGACCUGCCCAAAAAGGCCCAGAGGGGAGACCUUCGCUGGAUUCGUAGUGGCGACCUUCUGUUUGUCAACUGGACGGACACAAGACCUGUUUCAAUGUGCUCCACAAUCCAUAAGGCCUUCACUGGAAAGACUGUAAAGAGAAAAGUGAAGGAGGCUGGGGUCUGGAAUAACAAGCAGGUACCUGUUCCAGACUGUAUUGUGGACUACAACAAGUACAUGGGUGGUGUGGAUUUGUCAGAUCAACUUGUUGGGUGUUACAGCGUUCAUCACAAGACAACAAAGUGGUACAAAACGUUUUUCUACCACUUUGUUGACAUUGCUGUGGUGAACAGCUUCCUCCUACACAAGGAGCUGUACAAGUACCGACAGGACAGCACCCAGCCAAAGCCCUACACCCAAAAACAAUUCAGAGAACAGCUGGCCAAAGAGAUGCUGAUGGUUGCUGGAGAAUCAGCAGCUACCCCCACCCCCACCACUUGCCUUCCUGCUUUCUUUGAAGGGGAAGGACAGCCCAGGAAGUUCUGUGUCAGGUGUACCAAGGCUGGAAUCAGGCGUGUAAAGACAUCUCUAUAUUGUACAAAGUGUGGGGUUCCCCUCUGCCUCACUAAAAACAAAAACUGCUUCAAGCUGUGGCAUGAAGGGAAGUAACAUUGCCAUAUACAUGGACAAUAGUGUAAAUAGUG